UCUAGCUUUGGCUUAACAUAGCACAUAGCACAUAGCCAGCCAGCCUAACUUAGGCUAGGUCUACGUACUAAGUAGUCCUACUAACUAACCAAAAUGGAAUCAGUCCAUCCUCCUCCCAACUUUAUACGGUUUUUAUUUUCAUCCAAACCAAAAUUUGACUGCUAUUUCGCAGUUAGAAGAGAAGGUCAGGAAGAACCAGAAAGGAUUGGAGCUGUCAAGUUGAUGUUGAUGGCUCACAGUGAAGUUUUCAGACUAGAAUUAGAAGACAGUAAAUUGGCUGAGAAGAAAGAUGUUCCUAUCAAAGACAUCCAUCCUGAAACCUUCAGGGGAAUGUUGAGAUAUGUUUAUGGCUAUGACACUACUGCUACAAUGGAAUUUGAUGAGGCUGAUAAUUUACUGUAUGUUGCGGAGAAGUAUUUGAUGAAACCUUUGAAAGACAGCCUGGCUGCUAGACUGAUGACUCUUUUGAACAAGGACAACAUUUGUUCCCUGAUGAACAACCCUGCGUGUUACACUCAUCUGGAGUUGGACUCUGCCAUUACCAAGAUUUUGAGAUUUGAGACGGAUCAAGUGUUAGCAAGCCCAGAGUUUUUGUCGAUGAAUUCUGACGGUUUCCUCAAGAUUUUGGAACAGGACGAACUUGUGGUUCCAGAAAUAGAAUUGUGGAGAGCAGCGAUUAAAUGGGGCAAACACAGAGCUGACUCUGAAGAUAGACAGCUGAUCCGCCAACAACUCUCAGGGUUGACUCAACAGUUAAGACCUUACUCACUGAAUGCGGAAGACAAAUUGAAAGUGAUUUAUUCAGGAGUUUUAGACACAGAAGAAGUCGACAGUUUGUGUCAUUGUCAUUUUAAUAAGGAAACCCCUCCAACUCUUAGUCAGUUUUCAAAUGAGACUAAACCAAGGAAACUGAAGACAACAAAGUCUGUCUAUGGUCAACUAAAAGUUAAAAUGCCACGUGUGUCAAGUUUCGCGAAUUUAGAUCUCAACUUCAACCUGACUACCAAAAGACAUGCAAUUGAGUUGUCACCACUCGAGUGUGAAUCACUUGAUCAUACACCAGGUAACCCUGUAGGUUGGACAUAUGAAGUGAGCUGUUCAACAACAAUAACUGAGUGGACCAACAAGGUUGAGCGUGAACCUCCAAUAACCUUGGAUAACUUCAGUGAGCAAGUCAAGUAUGGAGUGAAGUUUGAGAUUCCUCUAGCUGUUGAUGGGAGAAACAUUACCUUGAAGCCAGACACCAAGUACUCUGUCAAGAUGGAGUUGAAAGGAGGAACCAAGAUUCAUUACAUUGACAAAGCUUAUACCAUCGAAAAUGAUCACUUGAUUCUAAAGAUACCCUAUCAUAGUCAAUAUGACUGCUACCUCUUUCCCUCAGACAAGUUGAUGUACAGAGCAACAUCAGAGGAAUAAUGGCACUCUGGAAAAUAAUAAAAUACUUAGGAGCUGUUGGGGUUUAGAUUACAUUUAAGUGUAAUGUGCAAAACAUUCACUCAUAUCUUUUUAUAGUUUUAUUUUUAACUCUUGUUUGACUCUAAUCGUUAUAGAACUAAUAUGCUUAUUAAAAAAAUCUUCUAAUCCAAAUUUAAAUAAAUGCAAAUUUAGUUAAAAGUAUGUUUGGUUAUCAGCAUACACAGUGUGUGUAGUAAAAACAAAAAAACAAUUUUCAACAGAUUUAAGUUGUAUCUAUGCUGCUGGAAUACUUACUGCUGUAGAAGUGGAAAGCCAAGAACCUUGCCUUGAAUAAAACUUCUUGUUAUUUGUCGUGUGUCUUUUGUAUAUAAAUAUGUAUC